CGUUCAGAUGCGCAUUCACACUGAGCUGCCAGUUUCCUCCGGAGGACCGAGCAGCAGCUCCGGGGCUGAAUUACAUGCGCAGUCCUGCCGUGAAUCACACAUCACCACGGCAACCGGCGAUCACAUCGAGUCCCCGUCAGCAUCAGUGGGGUCCGAUCCCGUCCACAGGCGACAGGAGAGCACCGAAAAACACGCAGUCUUCAAUGCAGCAAGUUCAGAUAUGCAUGACCAGUGAACCCUGAAGAACUUGAGAAGCUCAGGCACACGCAGCCCACUCUUAACUAUUCAUAACACGAUCUGUCCAGGCAUUUUCAGCCAUGGUGAAGCUCGGCAGCAAUCUUUCUGAUAAGCUGGAGAAGCAGCCGUCUGCGGACGAUGGCUUUGAUAACAUCCCCCUCAUCACACCGCUGGAGGUCAACAAGCUCCAGCAGCCGUUUGCAGAAAAGGUCAUUGUGAAGACGUCAACACAAUAUCAGCUGCAGCAGAAGAAGAAGAACAAGCUGUAUGUGCCCAGUAUCAAGAAGCUGAAUAUCAACUUCUACAGUGAUGUUUCAGAGAAAGCCAAGAUCACAGGUCUGAUCCUUAUCACUCUGGCCUUCCUGACCAGCUUGCUUCUCCUGCUCAUGUACAAAGCCAUGUGGUAUGACCAACUCACCUGCCCAGAGGGAUUCAUCCUUAAGCAGAAGCACUGCACCCCGGCAGCUCUGGAGAUGUACUACACAGAGCAGCAGCAGCAGGAGGAGCCUGGCAUCCGCGGCGGGCCCAACACCGGCCUGUAUGCCGCCCUCAGCCACCUCAACCAGGUCAAGAGGACUGGGCCUGAGCUUCCAUCGCCAUGGUUACCAGUUAUAAGCGCUCUGAAGGAGGCCGAGGUGGCCAAACAAGGCAGCGAGCCGCUGAAAGGAGUGCUGGAGGGAGAGGAGUGAAGGGAAAUCACAGUUAGAGGAGAUUAUGAUGGGGAGGCAUCAAAGGUUAUUUUAUGACUGUGUGUGUGUACAGUACGACACUCAUACAGUCCAUCGAAUCCCUUGUUUAUACUGGUGCUCCAAAACCUUUAAGGUAUACGUAUAACUACUGAAAAUUUAAAUCAGCUGUGUAAACCACACAUUUACCCAACUUAGAUCCAGUCAUAUUCUUUAAUAUUUAAUACAAGCAAAUACUGGACUCUGGCAGUGUGUGUGUGUGUGUGUGUGUACUUGAAUGUCUACCUUUGUAAGACCCCUACUUAAGUUUGAGUGAGUGAGGACUUUCUUGGAGAGUGAGGGCAUUUGCUGUCAUAUUUAAUGUCACAGUGAAGGAUGUUCAUCUCAAACAUGGCCAAAGUUUCACAUAAUGAGGUAAUCAUAUGUAAAAGUAAUCCCUGCUCCAGGCACGUUACUGCAAGUGUUUAUGCACUGCUACAUACAGUGUAUCUACAUGCUAACGUCACUGGUGUAUGUGAUUUUAGUUGCCAAUGUUGUACAUUCCUCUGAAUAUGGGUCAUUUUUCUGCAGCAACAUUUGCGCUUGUGAAGAUUUUGGGUUAGAGGCUUUUAUUGAUUACUUUUCUCGGUAGAAAGUGGUGCUUUAUUCUGUCAAAGUCAUUGCCCGGGCUGCAGUGAUGGUGCAGAGAGUGCAGGUGCAAAAGACUCAGAAAUGCUGACCAAUCAAAGCAGACUGGGCUUUUGUGUGCGUGUGUGUGUGUGUG